AUGCAUCUCAUUCAGCUCAACCGUGAGUGUCUCCUUCACCUUUUCUCCUUCCUGGACAAGGACAGCCGGAGGAGUUUGUCCCUCACCUGUCAUCAGCUGCGUGAGGUCUUCCUGGACCCCUGUCUCUGGAAUCUACUCCACUUCAGCUCCCCUUGUCAGCUCAGGAAGGACAACUUUGUGUUGGGACCCUCGCUGCGUUACUUAACUAUUAGUUGGUACUCCAGCAUGGUCCUGCAAGUGUGCAACAUCGAGGACUGGUUGAAGAGCUCUUUUCAGAAGAACAUCUGCAGUAAACACGAAAGCCUGGUCAGCACGUUCCUGGCCCAUGUCUGCUAUAUGUGCCCCAACUUGCUGUCGCUAACCAUGUCUGGCUGUGGACACAUCACUGACCGGGAUGUGAUUUCUGUGCUGCAGUGCUGCAGGAAGCUGCGCUACCUCCAUCUAGAGAACUGCGUCCGCAUUACUGACUGCAGCCUGGAGGGCGUGGUGGCUCACGGAGACAGUCUGGAGGAGGUAAAGGUGGACUUUUGUAGGAAUAUCACUCAGGCAGGGCUGCAGCACUGUAAGGAGAUGAAGCCAGUCCUUCAACUGACUGCUGAGAGGAGCGCUGACUUGAUCCCCGACAGCAAGCCUGAGGAGAGGGUACCAAUCAGGAAGACACUGCAGAAGGUCCUGCAGAAUUCCUGAUGGUAGCGGCUCACAUCCACACUAACUGGGACCAUA